CGGCCAAUCAGACAGUUUUUUUUCUCAACCAUGGACUAUCGACAGAAGUUGAGACAGGCAGUCUGGAGUAAAUCUGAACCACGAUGGAUGCAAUAACCCGUUGUCUCGUGUUAAUAGUCCUGUUCUUUGGGACUAGGAUUCAAGAAAAUGAUGCCUUGCAGUGUUACUGCCAGCGAUGCCUCAACUCCACGUGCACCACGGACGGCCUGUGCUUCGUGUCCGUCAGGAAGUCUGGCAGCAGCAUCACCGCCGAGAGCAGCAUGUGUGUCCCAGAGAACGAGCUAAUCCCGCGUGACCGCCCCUUCAUCUGCGCACCCUCCACCAAGGACGACACUGGCAUCUACCCCAUGUGCUGCGCCACCGACUGGUGCAACAAGAACCCCGACCUCAGCGUCUUCCCAGUGCCGACGGUGAAGCCGGUUCCCCUGGGGCCUGUGGCACUGGCAGCGGUCAUCGCGGGGCCUGUGUGCGUACUGUGCUUCGUGCUGAUGAUGGUCUUCUACAUCUGCCACAGCCGUGCGGGCGUCCACCACCGCGUACCCAACGAGGAGGACCCCUCCAUGAACCAUCCCUUCCUCAAUGUGGGCUCCACUCUCCAAGACCUCAUCUACGACAUGACCACCUCUGGCUCCGGCUCUGGUCUGCCCCUGCUGGUUCAGAGGACCAUAGCCCGGACCAUCAUACUCCAGGAGAGCAUCGGGAAGGGCCGCUUCGGCGAGGUGUGGCGGGGGAAGUGGCGAGACGAAGAGGUGGCGGUCAAGAUAUUCUCGUCCCGUGAGGAGCGCUCGUGGUUCCGCGAGGCUGAGAUCUACCAGACAGUCAUGCUGCGUCACGAGAACAUCCUGGGCUUCAUCGCUGCCGACAACAAAGAUAAUGGGACAUGGACCCAGCUGUGGCUGGUAUCAGACUACCAUGAGCAUGGCUCUUUGUUUGACUACCUGAACCGCUACACCGUCACCGUGGAGGGCAUGAUCAAACUUUCCCUGUCCACUGCCAGCGGCCUGGCCCACCUCCACAUGGAGAUCGUUGGCACACAAGGGAAGCCGGCCAUCGCCCACAGGGACCUGAAAUCUAAGAACAUCCUGGUGAAGAAGAGCGGGACGUGCUGCAUCGCUGACCUGGGCCUGGCCGUGCGCCACGACUCCGCCACUGACACCAUCGACAUCGCCCCCAACCACAGAGUAGGAACCAAAAGGUAUAUGGCACCAGAGGUGCUGGACGACUCGAUAAACAUGAAGCAUUUUGAGUCAUUUAAGAGGGCAGAUAUCUACGCCAUGGGCUUGGUUUUCUGGGAGAUAGCCAGUAGAUGCUCUCUAGCAGGCAUCGUUGAAGACUACCAGCUGCCAUACCAUGACCUGGUGCAGUCAGACCCUUCUGUAGAGGAGAUGAGGAGGGUGGUGUGUGAGCAGAAGCUACGGCCCAACAUUCCAAACCGUUGGCAGAGCUGUGAGGCUCUGCGGGUAAUGGCUAAGAUCAUGAGGGAAUGCUGGUAUGCCAACGGAGCCGCCCGCCUCACUGCGCUACGCAUCAAGAAGACUCUUUCCCAGCUCAGCCAAUCAGAGGGCAUCAAGAUGUAGACACACUUUCUCUUUUAUUCAUAAUCUUAUUAUUUUAAUAUUACCAUCAUUAGUUCUCCCUCCGCUGUUCCUCCUCUUGGUUUGAAAGGAGGGGCGGCUCGGUGAAGUUUUACUCUGAUAUUCCCCGACCACUCCCUAAAUGCCGGCAUCGUUUCCUUGUCGCCCCACCAACCGGCGCGUGGAUCUAUUUCCUGUGUCACGGAGGUGAUGGAUGGAUCUGGUGGAGGGAUGUUUGCCAGUGUAAACCCCACCCCCCUGUCUUCAAGAUUGGUGGGAUCACUUCCUCCAGUGCUCGUGAAUUACCUAUCAGGGUGGUUACAGACCGACGUAGUCCCACCCGACCAUAGACCCAUCUCUCAAUGCUGUUCCCAGAGGAAAGGAAACAACGACCCAUAAGAAAAACCCCAAGGUUGCAUGACUGCUGGUCAUAACAUUCAGGUGACAAUGCCUCCAUUCCAACAACAAAUGUUCUGCCACUGGGCGAGGUAGCUUGGACUCGACGAGAACCGCCCAAGAAAAAGACUGAAUGAACUAUAGUUUGUUUAUUUUUUUACCAUCUGGUACUUAAAAACGAGCAUAUUAAUUGAGUUAUUAUUUGUGUUUUUUUUUCCAUGGAGAGAUGCUGGUGUGCUGUUGGACUCAUCUCUCCAGAAAAUGUUGCAUCUUCUUUUAGUAUUUCUUUCUCUUCUCCCUAGGUAUCACGGUACAAGGGGUCUACAGGUCAGUUUAACUUAUUGGUUUUUGUUUGCAAACAGAAUGGACAUGAGCUCAUUCAGUCUUGGCCAACAUGCUAUGGCAUAUGCAAUAUAGAUAAAAUGUAUCUAUUUUAUAUACUCUGCUCUGCUACUACUAUGACAACAACAGCUCGACAGUUGCCAUCAUGCCUUCCGAGCCAGGUGAUAACCUGAAAGUGCCACUGCUUU